AUGAGGGAGGAGGAAGCUGAAGCAAAAAAUUUGAGUGGUGCCAUUGGUCACGACGAAGUGGGAAGAAUGGCGGCGGCACGGCAACGGCACGGCGGCAGAAACAAGCAGAAGGAGAAGGAGAAGACAGAGGAGGAGGAGGAGGAGGAGGUGACGGAUUGGGUGGCGAGAAACGAAGGGGAGGGAAACAGUUACGGAGAGAGGGAGGGAGGAAAGGUAGCGCUGGCGAUGGCGUUGGUGGUUACGGAUGCGAAAGAGAAGCAGACAGCACGCUGA